AUGGGAGACGAUAACACUGAGAAGGUCGACAAGGCCGCAGCCAACCCACCGACUGAUGUCAAAGCCGACCUCGACGACAAGAAGCCUGCCACUGUUGAUGGGGACGACAACAACAACGACAGCAGCAAUAACAACGACAAAGCCGAGGAAAAUAACAAUGGCUCCGCAAAGGAUCCCAAGGCGCGGCCAGAGAGAGAGGCCACGCCCGGCGACUAUUUCCGCGUCUUCACGUAUGCGACUAAAUGGGACUUUCUCAUGAUGGUCGCGGCCGCCCUGGCCAGCAUCGGCGCUGGCACGACGUUGCCGCUGAUGAAUGUGGUCUUUGGAGGUCUGGUCGGCAACUUCACCAACUUCUCCACCCCAAACGCGCAGCAGGCCAGCGAGUUCUCGUCCGAGGUCAACCGCCUGUCGCUAUACAUCUUUGCCCUCUUCAUCGCCCGUUUCGGUCUUAACUACAUCAACAAGUUCUGCUUCCGGAUGAUCGGCAUCCGCAUGUCGGCCGCCAUCCGGCUACACUACCUCCAGUCGCUCUUCGGCCAGACCGUCCACGUGCUGGACUCGAUGCCCUCGGGCAGCGCCGCGAGCACCAUCACCUCGACCGCCAACACGCUCCAGCUCGGCAUCUCCGAGAAGCUAGGCACGUUCCUCGAGUUCACGGCCACCAUCGUGACGGCUAUCAUUGUGGCCUUUACGUACAGCUGGUCGCUGACGCUGGUCACGGCCUCCGUCAUCCUCUUCAUCUCGCUCGUGCUCUCGAUCCUCCUGCCCUUCAUCAUCAAGGGCCAGACGCGGCUCACGCGGGCGGACGCUAAGGGCACCUCGGUGGCUACCGAGGCCUUCGGCACGAUCCGCAUGAUUAUGGCCUGCAACGCCGAGGAGCGGAUGAGCCAGCGGUACGCCGGGUGGGUGGUCAAGGCGAAGGAUGCGGUGCAGUUCGUCUCGCCCUUCAUGUCGCUGCAGUUCGGCGCCGUCUUCUUUGGCCUGUACGGCGCCUUUGCGCUGGCGUUCUGGUUCGGCAUGAAGUCGUACCUCGAGGGCCGGCUCGGUGGUAUCGGCACCAUCAUCGUGGUGCUCAUGUCUGUGAUGCUCAUGGUCAUCUCGCUCGAGCGCAUCUCGACGCCGCUGAUCGCCGUGUCGAAGGCCAUGGUGGCAGCCGCCGAGUUCUUUGCCGUUAUAGAUGCGCCCAAGCCCAAUGUGGGCACGCUCAAGGCGCCUGACGUUGCGGCCGACCAGGACAUCGUGUUUGAGGACGUCCACUUCGCCUACCCCAGCCGCCCGUCCAAGAAGGUGCUCGACGGCCUGACCUUGCGCUUCGGCGCCAACCUAAACACAGCCAUCGUGGGGCCCAGCGGGUCCGGCAAGAGCACCAUCGUCGGGCUAAUUGAGGGGUGGUACACCCUGCACGACCAGUAUGUGAUCGCCAAGGCGGUCGCCAAGGACCAGGAGAAGGUCAAGAAGGAAAAGGAGAAGCAAAAGAAGAAGAACAAGAACAGGAAUGGAGAUGACAAGGAUGAGGAGGAAGAAGACGACGACCCCGCUGCCGUGGAAGCACUGGAAGCCCAGGACCUCGGCCCGGCCGUUGAGCUCAAGGGCAGCAUCUCAACCUGCGGCAAGGAGCUCACCGACAUCGACAUCAAGUGGUGGCGCUCGCAGAUCGGCCUCGUCCAGCAAGAACCGUUCCUCUUCAACGACACCAUCUUCAACAACGUCGCGUCCGGCCUGAUUGGGACCCAGUGGGAGAAAGAGUCGGACGAAGUCAAGCGCCAGCUGGUCAAGGAAGCGUGCGCCGAGAGCUUCGCUGAUGAGUUCGUGGACCGCCUUCCUGAUGGUUAUGACACACAAGUUGGCGACUCAGGCGCCAAGUUGAGCGGCGGACAGCGACAGCGCAUCGCCAUCGCGCGCAGCAUCAUCAAGAAGCCCAAAAUUCUCAUCCUCGACGAGGCUACGUCGGCCAUCGACGUCCGCGGCGAGCGCAUCGUCCAGGCGGCGCUGGAGCGGGCGUCCAAGGGCCGCACCACCAUCACGAUCGCGCAUCGGCUGUCGACUAUCAAGGACGCGGAUCGCAUCGUUGUGCUGCAGAACGGCCGCGUCGCGGAAGAAGGCACCCACGACAGCCUGCUCGAGAACGAGCUGGGUGUCUACUAUGGCCUGGUGCACGCGCAGAAGCUGUCGCUGGGCGACGAGACGGGCGCGGACGAGGACCGACUCGAGGAAGAGGAUCUGAACAAUGUGCUGGCCCGCGAGAAGAGCGCGGCCAAGUCGACGGCUGAGAGCGCGCACGAUGAGGCCAAGUGGAAGGACCGUGGGCUGUUCACCGGCUUCGGCAAGCUCCUGUCCGAGCAGCGCAGCCGGUUCCCCUUUUACAUCAUCGCCCUUAUCGGCGCGAUGGGUGCGGCCGCAGCGGUGCCUCUCCAGGCGUACCUGUUCGCCCAGGUCGUCGGCGUGUUCGAGAAGCAGACGCCCGAGGAGCUGAUGGACGGCGCGACGUUCUGGUCCAAGAUGUGGGCGAUCCUGGCGGCUGGCGUGGGGUUCAGCUACUUUCUCACUGGCUUCGUGUCCACCACACUGGAGGGCUACAUCUCGGCGGUGUACCGGCAAGAAUACUUUGAGUCUAUCAUCGCGCAGCCAGCGGCGUACUUUGACCAGGACGAGAACUCGACAGGCCAGCUGACGGCGCGGCUGUCGAGCGACCCGCAGGCGCUUAAGGAGCUACUGGGCAUCAACAUGAUGAUGUUGCUGAUCGGCAUCUUCUCCCUCGCGGGGGCGCUGGCUAUCUCGUUUGCGUACGGCUGGAAGCUGGCGCUGGUGGCGCUGUGUGUGACGGUGCCGCUAGGCAUUCUCGCCGGCUUCUUCCGCGUGCGCUACGAGUUGCAGUUCAACGCCAUGAAUGACCAGGUCUUCCAGGAAAGCUCCAAGUUCGGUGCCGAGUCCAUCGGCGCUUUCCGCACUGUCAACGCCCUCGUCAUGGAGGACAGCAUCUCCGAGCGUUACAAGCGGCUGCUCAACGGCCACGUCUCGUCUGCGUACAAGAAGGCGCGGUUCACGACCCUGGUGUUUGCCUUUGCCGACAGCGUCAGUCUUGGCUGCCAGGCGCUCAUCUUCUGGUAUGGCGGCCAACUACUGCUCAGUGGCGAAUACAACACCGUCAGCUUCCUCGUUACCUACAUGGCCGUGAUCCAGGGCGCCGAGUCGGCUGGUCAGUGGCUCAGCUUCGGUCCUAACGCCGCGCAAGCCUCGGCCGCCGCGAACCGUAUCCUCCGCGCCCGCGAGAGCCGCGUCCCGGCCAGCUCCGCGGGCGGUGCAGAUCAGAAGCAGAUCGCUGACACGGAGGGCGGCAUCAAGAUCGAGCUCAAGGACGUGCACUUCAAGUACCCGACCCGCGACGUGUCCAUCUUCAAGGGCCUCAACAUCACCAUUGAGAAAGGCCAGUUUGCCGCGCUCGUCGGGGCUUCCGGCUCCGGCAAGACCUCUAUCGUCAGUCUGCUGGAGCGCUUCUACGACGUCAACAAGGGCCAGAUCCUGUUCAACGACCAGGACAUCUCCACCAUCAACGUGCACGAUUUCCGCCGUCUGCUGUCGCUGGUCGCGCAGGAGCCGUCGCUCUUCCACGGCACCAUCCGCGAAAACCUGCUGCUAGGUGUUGACCCGUCUACCGUGACGGAUGAGCAGCUGCACCAGUGCUGUCGGGACGCGAACAUCCACGACUUCAUCGUGUCUUUGCCAGAUGGGUACAACACGUCGAUUGGUAGCCGCGGUGUGAGCUUGAGUGGUGGGCAGAAGCAGCGUCUGUCGAUUGCGCGGGCGCUGAUGCGGAAUCCGCGUGUUUUGUUGCUGGAUGAGGCUACGAGUUCGCUCGAUUCGGAAAGCGAAAAGCUCGUCCAGGCCGCGUUCGAGCGCGUGUCCAAGGGCCGCACCACAGUGGCUGUAGCGCACCGCCUCGCCACGAUCCAAAAGGCGGAUAUCAUCUACGUCCUCGGCGAAGGGAAGGUGCUCGAACAGGGUACGCACGCUGAGCUGCUCAAACAGAAGGGCGUAUACUGGCACAUGUGCCACAACCAAGCUCUUGACAGAUAA